UAAUGGCGCGCAUGUGCACUGUCUGAAGCGUCCGGUAAUGGCGGACAGACCGAGAGCAGAAUGGCGGCGAUUGAGACUGGAUUGAAGCCGUCGCCGCCGCCAUGUCUCCCGCACACAAGCGGUCUCUGAUAACGUGGGCGGCGGGGCUAGGCUUCGCUUUGCUGUUUUCCUUCUACAUCUUGGGCUGGUACCUGCUGGGCCUGCUGGCGGUGGUGUCCGCCUGGGUUUAUUACUCUUCGUUACAGGGAGUAGGCCCCAGGCCCGGGCUCCGAGAUUUACUCGAUCGCACCAUCGCUGUUCUCCUCAGGACGCGUUGGGCCGAAGUGGUACACAACAAGUUGAACGGAGGAGGCGGUCAUUGGAAAGGGAGAAGUCGGAGUGUUAGAGGCAGGCCUCAGCCCGGAGUUUGGAAUCCGGGCCGGGCCCCGGUCAAUAGCUGCAAGUGGGAGUUGGUGAAUUGUGAGGAACGCAACCCGCUGUCGGCGGCUUGUGCCAGUGAGCGGAGCCCCGCCGACUUCAUGAUGGGCAGCUACUUGUCGAACGAAAACUCGGCGCAGGCCACUUUUGGCAACAGGGAGAUAAGGAACCGCUACAGCCGGCCGAAUCCCAUCCAGACUCCAACCAGGAGGCUGUCCUUUGGGGAACAUCAGGCCAUGAUGAAUAGAUUUACAGUGACCCCUCGGCGACGGUAUCCAAUCCACCAGCCCCAAUAUUCAGUACCUGGAACUCUACCAACUGUGCGGUGGGAUGGCUAUCAGAAGAAAAAUGUCUUAUCAUCCAGGAACUCACCCAUGGUACAUAGUCCAGUGACUGUAAAAAUUGCACGUCCUGAUGCAAACAUGAUGCGUUCACCUCUAUUGGACUAUAUGAUGUCCCCUGCCAUAUCUCCUCUGAUUGACCCAUGCUCUAAAGCAACAGUGCUUAGUGCACUCAAAGAAAGUCGGAAGAGAACAGUUGAAGAUGAUGCAGAAAGAACUUCAAUCUCGGAACGAGAGAACAAGCGAAGACGCCAUGACAGCAGUGGCAGUGGUCACUCUGCAUUUGAGCCCCUGUUGGCCAAUGGAGCUCCAGCUUCUUUGAUUCCAAAACCUGGAACCUUGAAGAGGAGCACCAAUUCCCAGUGUUCGGAUGACCCCAUCUCCAAAAGAUCGCGAACAUCCUCCAUUAGCUCACUGAGCAGUACAUGUGUGAGUGGGAAGCAUUCUUCCCCUCGCAACCCCAUUUUCAGUUCUUACAGUUCCACUCGAGGCCAUGUUCAGGGUGCUAAGAAUUAUCUCUGUGUACGGAAUGCAUCCCCCCUGUCCAGCCCUGCAUCUUCACGUUCUCAAACUCCUGAGAGACCAGGAAAAAAAAUGAGAGAAGAAGAAGUACAAAGGUCAGAUACUUCUACUCCUGUUAAGGUGGAUAGGGCAGAAAAAGACCAAACCAUGGAAGAAGAAUCUGUGUGUCUGUUGUCAAAAUUAUCACCAUCAACAGUAGAUUGUUCUCCCUCAGAGGGAGAUGGGAAACGGAAGCGCAAGAUUCCUCUCCUAUCAAAACGCAAAGGAGAUCAGCUUACUCUGCAUCCUCCGCUAGAGCUUGGCUAUACAAUCACAGCAGACGAUGUGGAUUCUGAAAAGAAGGCAGGUCUUGACAGAAUUAAGAAAGCAUUGCAGGAAAAGGAAGAGCCCACAAAGUCACCAACACCAGUGACGACAGCAACAGUACCCUCCCUGUCCGUAACAUUUACUGCCCCGACAGGAGAAAUUUCUGCUGACCCAACAGCCACAUCCACCUCCAUUUCUGCUGUUGUCUCUAGUCCUCUGCUGGUCAGUUUGAAGAAGAUGCAGAACUGCACAAAUGCAGUUAGUAAUUCAGAUUCUGUAGAUGGAGUAACUUCAAGCAACAUGGUUAAAGUCUCAGAGCCUUCCGCUAUCACCUUCAAGAAUGAUUUAUUGCCACCUCUUACAACUCCUACUACUAGUAUGGCGAUGACAACUGACAUUGCAGGGUUUAAGCCAAUUGACGUUUUGAACUUUUCAUGUUCCUCCAUCACCCAGCCACUUACAAGUCCAAUCAAUAAAUCUUCUACCAAAGCCAUCACCACUACCACCAACUCAUGCCAGAUUUCUGCUCUAGUAAGUUCACAAGAAAAUAAAGUUAACAAAGAGCCUGAAAUGAGUGUUGCUGUAUGUACAGGGAGUUCUGCACCUCCAAGCACAAGUCUUAGUCUGCCUAGCGCAGUGACUGUAAAGCCAGCAGUCACUAGUGUCACAGCUCCUUCAGCUGCCAGUACAGCUGGGUUUAAGCCAGUCUUUGAUCUGCCAGUAGCACAGCAAGCCAAUGUCGUCUCAACAGCAUCGAGCUUGACAAUGCCAAUUACUACACCCGUGACCUUGGUGGCAUCAAUAGCAUCAAGCUGUGCUACCUCAACUGUUUCAUUCAAACCAGUGUUUGGGAACUGUUCGACAGCUACAACUUCAACGACCACAUCUGCAAAAUUCACAUUUGGCCAGUCAACUCAAGCUGUUGUUAAUAAUGAACCUGCUGUUGCCACAACUUCUGCAAAAUCAAGUUCAACUCUAUUCCCAUUUGCAGCCUCCAAUUCACUAGCAAGUUCAAACAUUGACUUGGAAGCAAAGGGCUCAAAAGCCACAUUUAGUUUUGGUUUAAAUGUAGCUGUUAGUUCAAAACCAAAUACAACUCCUACUGCAAUUAACAACAUAUCAUCACAGCAACUGUUUCAAUUUGGUUCAAAUUCUUCAACAACCACCACAGCAGCACCCAGUGACAUAUUCCAAUUUGGGAAGGGCUCUGCAGAUGCAUCUGCAGCAUCAGCUAGCCCACUAGCUUCUGUCUUUGGACAAACAACAGCGGUCACAAGCCAGGUGUCAACAAGUAUCACACCCACUUCAAAUUUAUUCGGGGGUUUUGGUUCUUCAGUGUCAACAACUGUUACCACCUCAAGUGGACAACUUGCUCUUGCAUUUGGAAACUCAGCAAAAUCUUCCCUGUUUGGUAAUGCCACAAGCACACCACCUUUUGGUGGUCCGACAGCCCAACUUAAUUUUGGAAGCACAGGCAAUCAGUCAACAUUUGGGACAAAUGCUGGAGCAGCUCAGAAAACCCCAAGUAAAACUCCUGCCUUUGGCAAUGCUGUUACUCCGUUCAACUUUGGAGCUUCUGCAGCCAAAUCAGCUUUUCCAAGUACCACUUCGCAGUCUACGUUUGGAACUCCUGGCCAGCCAUUGUUCGGGGGUGCAACAGCCCAGACUGGAUUUGGAUCAGCUUCUACACAGCCAGCAUUUGGCAGCACCUCAGCAGCUUUCUCAUUUGGUACAACCACCACUUCCACUGCUGCUCCAAUAUUCAACGCUACCAAGAGUUUGAGUGGUAGUACACCUGGGUCGAUCUUUGGCUCUUCACAGAUGGUUGGCUUUGGUUCAUCAAACCAGGCAGCUGUAACAACUAGCGGUUUCACUCUUGCUGCAUCAAAUCCAAAUAUAGCUGCAGCUGGCUUCUUUGGUUCAGGUCAGAGUGGAUUUUGCUCUUCAAAUCCUUCCGUCCCAUUUGCCACUUCCACCUCGACGACGUCAUCUCAAAAUAUGUUUGGUUCAGCAUUGACUAACCAGGCCCAGCAGAACCAGAGCACUCCACAGUUUAACUUUGGAGCCACAAAUACAGUUGAGAACAAACCUGUAUUUGGAGGGUUCAACUUUGGAGCUCCCACUUUGAACUUUGGGGCUGGUAAGUUAAUGCGAUGCUACAGUGUUCUGUAAGCUUUGGCUGCUCACUACUGGCUACUUCUUACCAGUAUAGCAAUGGGAGGCAUAUUAAAACAAAAAACAGUGCUUCAGAAGAUUCUGCUGCCUCUGCUCUUUGCUCCAUCAGGACUAGCUGCUUGGUGAAAAUGGCACAGCUCUUCCUGUAAAAGAUAAUCUUUGCUGCUGCUGCAGUAGUUACCUUUUAUUUCACCCUGGUAGCAGAAAAUACAAUAAAUGCAUAUGUGUGACAAAGAA